CUAACCCUAAGUCCGCCUCUCUCUCUCUCUCUCUCUUCUCACACUCGCCUCUUCUUGUUUCUAUCGAGAUCUAAAAAAAAAAAUGGCUCCGUCUCUGCUCUUGCUUAGAUUUCUUUGUAGAUAUAUUGAUCUAUUCGAGAUGUUUCUUGAUAGGUUUAAUAUAUAUGGGUUCUUGAUUCUUGAUUUUUUUUUAUUCUUGAUUAUCAUAUAUAUGGGUUCUUGAUUCUUGGUUUUUUUUUCUGGGUUCUUGAUUUUGAUAAGGUUUUUGCUUUUCAGAUGUUAAUUGAUAGGGUUUUUGAUAGGUUUUCUUGUUUUUGAUUUUGGUAGGUUUUUUUUUUCUUGAUAGGUUUUUGUUUCUCCGAUUCUUUAGAAGUCUUCUUGAUUUUUAAAGAAGACGUUUAUUAAAAUUUAUUAUGAAUUCGAGCCGUAAUAAACCGGUUUGUAACAACCGGUUUAUUACGGUAUCAAUGUUGGAAAUCAGUCAGGAGCAAUAUAAACACACAUCUAAGCAUCUCCCACAAAUUACUUUAGCUGUCAUCACUCUUUUCAAAUUUCAAAUUUCCAAAACAACUCUCAGAAACCUUUACUAAGAGCACCACUUCGCCUACGAUGAGCACCACUUCGCCUACGAUGAGCACCACUUCGCCUACGAUGAGCACCACUUCGCCUACGAUGAGCACCACUUCGCCUCCGAUGAGCACCACUUCGCCUUCGAUGAGCACCACUUCGCCUUCGCCUCCGCUUCCUUCUGAGAAGCCGCCGCCUACUAUCACUGUUUCUCAGGUAUUGGCGAGGACUUUUUGCUCUUGUUUUUGGAGCAUUGAGGAGCUUGAUGUUACUCAAGCUGCCGAUAUCCAGGGAGUCCACCCUGCUGACUUGGUACAAGAUGAGAUUUGAGUGCAGGGAGCUCAACAUGAAGUCCAAGCUGCGGAUUUACAACCUUUGUAAGUUGUUUAAAGCUUUAUAGUGUAUAGCUGGCUCGAUCGUUGUAUAGCUGGCUCGAUCGUUGUAACCGCUACAAACUUUUGUCCGCCAAACAACGCCUUACCGAACAACAAUGGUGGUUGGUGUAAUCCUCCUCUUCAACACUUUGACCUUGCUCAGCCUUUUUUAAACAACUUACAAAGGUUGUAAAUCCGCAGCUUGGACUUCAUGUUGAGCUCCCUGCACUCCAAUCUCAUCUUGUACUGAGUCAGCAGGGUGGACUCCCUGAAGUCAAAAGGAUAUCAGAAGGUUAAUAGGUUUGAGGCCGGUUGACAAUCAAAUCAGGCAUUAAAAAUAUAAAGAGCCAAUCAAAUCAAGCUAAGUACCAUCAAGGAAACAAAGUUCAAGCUCAUAAUCAAGCUAAGUACCAUCAAGGAAACAAAAAGUCCUAUGCCAAGCGUCUGUAGUCUGUUGCCAAUUGCAAACAAGAAUUGUUUUUAGACAACUUCUAAGCAAACUUACUCUUCCUUAUGCAAACUUACUCUUCCUUUUUGUUUAUCUUGAAGCAAACCAAACUUUCAUACAUUCAUCGUAUCUUCUAUCUCCUUGCUCACAUAUAGAGGAGAUGUGAUUCCGAACUUAUUUUGCUAAUUCAUUUAAGUGGAUAAACAUUGAGGGAUGAGUUUGUGAA